AUGAAGUCAAACAAGAAUUGCCCGCGGCGACGAAUCCCACGUGCGCAGCUCACCGACAUUCUGCAGUACACGCCUCACAUCCCGUCCAUCUGCUGCGCGGCCGCGCAUCCGCAUCUGCGCUACGCCCGCGAGACCGUCGCCGGCACCCGUGCCGACCACAUCGUGCACCACCGCGGUAAUCUCUACGUGUGCUGGGACCGGACGACGAGUCGCGAGUACCACAACUUCACCGGCGUCGAGGGAGAGAUGGCUGCCGAUUUGAAGAUGAUGGCGUGGUGGCUGACUCGGCCCUUCCACGACAGCGGGGACCCGAUGAUCCUGGAGGUGAACGUGAAGAAGCAGACCCCGAGCUUCUCUGCCGCGGCUGCGGAAUCAACCACGAGCGGAUUGGAGUCCGUAUUGCGUAUCCUGACGGCGCCGCCGUAUCAACAGGUAGACGCCGGCGUAUCGUGUCUACGCUCGCUGAUCCUGACACCGAAUCGAUUGGAGGUCACUGCCGCGGUGCGGGACCUCAUCGGCCAGCUGACGCACCUCGAGAAGCUCGAGUGCUUCUCGCACGCCCUCGCGCUUCCUCUGCCGGCGGUCCCGUCCGCGUACGUCCUGAAGCUGCGCAAUUUGACGUCGCUCACGAGCAUCACUCCGCUGCUCCCCUUCUCACGUCUGCGUAAGUUGAGUCUGUGCCGCUGCAGCGAGCUGCGCUCCGUCGCUGCGCUGGCGGCGCUGCCGGACUUGACGGAGGUGCGGCUCGCCAACUGUCGUGUGCUGGACCUCGAAGGCGACUACGCGGCGUGUCGGCAUCUGACGUCCUUCUCGAUGCGGUGGUGCGGGGAGGUGCUGCACGUGGGGGCGCUGGCCACCCUGCCCCAUCUGCGCGAGCUGGACUGCAGCUACUGCGGGCUGCGCGAGGUGGGCGGCCUGGCGGGCUGUGCGGAGCUGCGACAGCUGAGCCUGCGUGGCUGCCAGACAGUUCACGAGCUGUUCUCUGUCAACCUUACGGCAGCCGAGGGUGCGACUGCCACCCAAGCCGCUGCGGAGGCGUUCGACACCACCACUAGUACCUCCGCUGCCACGACGCCAACACUCGCGUCCCCUUCCCUGUCCAUGCGUGGAGAGGCCGCCUCCCUCUUGCACAACUCGUCCUCCUCUGCCUUCGAGGCUAGCAGAUCGGCGCCGGUGCUGCCAUCGACGCCCAUGCUAGGGCAGCUGGUGGAGCUGGAUGUUGGGGAGAGCAGUCUGGCCAGCCUUGCCGGCGUGACACUGCGUGCACCGGGGCUGCAGCACCUGACCGUGCGGGAGUGUAAGCACCUCCACAGCCUCAGCCCACUGGGUGGCCUUCCGUCCCUGACGUCCGUUGACGCUUCCUUCAGCGGCAUUAGCGAACUGAAAGGGCUUUCUGACAGCUUUUCGCUGGAGUACGUGAACUUGAAAAACUGCUCGCAGCUGAGCUCCGUAGCACCGCUCGCAAAGGUGAGCUCGCUGCGUGAGGUGGACCUGAGCGUGCUGCACCACAACUGUAUCGUCUGCAUCGAUGACCCCAAAGACCACGUGAGUAGCGAGAGCGCAGCAGCGCAGCGCCGUCGUGGCGAAUUGCAGGUGCUAAGUCCGCCGCUGCGGUCCAUCGCGGCGGAUGAGACGCAAAUUGACACGGCGGUGAUGCAGCGGUCCAAUUUUGGUUUAUGGCAGCAUUGCAUCUCACGCAAACAGGCAGCGACGUUGCUGUCGCAGUCGCUGAAUGACGUGCGCACGAGCGUGGCUGGCAGCACUCCUUCUGUGUGGUGA